AUGGAGGGAGGCAGCGGGCGAGGGGAGGAGGCCACAAAGAGGGGAGGUUUGCGCGAAAUGGGAGGGAACAUGGGAAGCAGCCUGAGCCCGUGCAGUGGGAGGACUGUCCCAUGCCAGAACUUUUUUGGUGGCUGCAGCGGUAGUCUGGACGUAUCAAAAACAGUUAAGGGUAGAAGACAGAGCAGAAUCCAGCUCGGGCAGAGUAAGCUACGCGUCUCUGAUCAUCCGGAGCGCAAAUUCCGGCACAGGGAAAUGAGCCUCUCAGUCCGCAGGGAGCCUCGGCUCUGGCUGACAAAGACAGUCAAGCCGUCGGAAAAGUUCUCGCUUUCAGUUGAAAAGGAAAAAUUCACAAUGGAGGAGGGAUAUGAGCUGGACCUCACUUAUAUAACAGAGCGUAUCAUAGCUGUGUCCUUCCCCCGGGGCUGCUCUGAGGAGGUCUACUCGCACAACCUGAAGGAUGUCACACGCAUGCUCAAAUCUAAACAUGCGGACAAUUAUCUGAUCAUUAACCUGUCAGAGAGAAGACACGAUCUCUCUAAAAUGAACCCCAAGACACUGGAUACAGGCUGGCCGGACCUUCAUGCUCCACCUCUGGAUAAGAUCUGCACCAUCUGUAAGGCCAUGGAAAGCUGGCUCAAUGCUGACCCUCUACAUGUGGCCGUUAUACACUGCAGGGGUGGCAAGGGUCGAAUUGGUGUUGUCAUUUCAUCCUUUGUGCAUUUUACUGAUGUAUCAGCCAGUGCUGAUCAGGCACUGGACCGCUUCGCCAUGAGGAAGUACUACGACGACAAAGUCUCAGCUCUGAUGACACCUUCACAGAAACGGUAUGUUUGGAUCCUCAACAGUCUACUAAGUGGAUCCAUGAAGAUCAAUGCCUCCCCCUUGUUCCUGCACUGCGUCAUCUUGCAUGGGAUGCCAAACUUUGACGCUACCGGAGUAUGUCACCCAUACAUCAAGGUUUACCAGGGAAUGCAGGCAGUUUAUUCAUCUGGAGUCUAUCACAUUGGUCCAGGCCACAGAGACUGUGUGUGCAUCACGCUGGAGCCCGCCCAGCUCCUGAAAGGGGACAUCAUGAUUAAAUGCUAUCAUAAAAGUGACCUAACGUCAGAGCGGGAGGUUAUUUUUCGACUUCAGUUCCACACGGGAGCAGUGCAAGGUUACAACCUUAUGUUUGAGAAAGAGGACAUGGAGAAUGCCAACAAAGAUCUCAGAUUUCCAGAUUCUGGGAAAGUUGAGCUGGUGUUCUCCGAGGGACCCGAGAAGAUCCCAGGUGCUGACAGAUGGCAAAACGGACCAGAUGUUAUUGUUGACUACAACACUGCCGAUUCUCUAACCCGCUGGGACUCGUACCAGAACAUCUGUGAUGGUGAAGCGCCGCGCUCUCAUGGCCUAACCCAGGACAAAGAGGCAAGCAAGAGGAGCCUCAACGGAGGAGAGGCCACACUUGGACGAGGGGCCCGCACAACCUCGGCCACCUCCAGCCCCGACCAUAGUGACCACACCCUGUCCGUCAGCAGCGACUCGGGAUUGUCUAGCACUUCCCUGUGGGCAGACAGGCCCACACCGGUCACCGCCACCAACACCAUCCGAGCUAACCAAGGCCCCAGCCAGCAAGAGAAGGUCCAGCUGAAGAGGCUCCUAAGUGGUUUUGGUCUUGAGGAUCAGUCACUUGAGGAGAUGGAUGAUCAGGGCCCUCGAGCGGGCACUCAGCAGAUAGUCCCAGCACAAGUGCACAUCAACGGGGACAACCGACCCCACGAGAGGGAAACGGACAUUCUUGAUGAUGAAGUCAUCACAGGUCACGAUCUUCACAGUGUGGAUAGCCUUGGGACCUUGUCAUCGUCAUGCCACAAGAGCAGUCAGAACUCGCUUCUGUCAGAUGGCUUUGGGUGUCCUGGAGGAGAGGAGCAUCAGAGCCAAAGCCAGCACCACCUGCAUCAUACCACAUCUCCACCUCUGGAGGACUACGCAGAGGCCAGGAGGGCCUGUUUGAGUUCCAGAAGUAACUCCGUGGCCUCUUCUAAUCCCAGCAGUGCUCCCAAACCCAAGCAGCACGUGUACAGACAAGGAAGCUACUCAACCCAGUCCUGGGUCCGCCAGCAGCAGAUGGUCGCUGCACAGCAGUUUAACUACAUGCCCGAGGAUGGAAACGACUCAGACAGAUACCCCGGGAACAAGCCGGGGGUCGGUUCAUCCAAAGCGGCGCUGGCCUCUGAGCCACAGGAGGCCGUCAGGGACACAACAGGCGAUACUGUCCGAAACACAGCACUUCACAAAGAACCAGACGUGACCGCCAACAACAACAACAGCGUCAAACGAGACGAGGAGUUCAAAUCUCUCACGAUAGACAUUGACAACUCCAUUGAUCAGCUCAAUCAGCUGAUCAUGGACCUAGACCCAACUUUCAUGCCGGUGUCAAGCCACAGCAGCUCGGUUAAGAGGAACGGUGGGACUCGCGUCAACGGCUCAGUUGGCAAAUGUUCAAAUGGCAUCAGUGUCAGAUUCAACGAUAGUAAUGCAGCAACCCUGAAAAACACACAGCAGACAGCUGUCCAGUCCAGUGACCCGCGAGUGGGUGUCACACGGAGUCUAAGUUGCCAAGGGAGGGAUGUAAUGGAUCACCCGGGCUUCUGUAACUCGGGGUGGGGUGAGGCAGAGGAUUACAGGGGCCAGCGGACAUAUUCCCCUUGUGUCUCACAGCAUUCCAUAUUGUAUCGAAGUGACAGUACCGAUUACAGGGCCCAGGGCCCAGAUAUGGACAGCGGAGUCGAGGCUGGUAGUGACAUGACUCCACCCACUCCCGCCUUCCCCAUCUCUCCCCCAACUCCAUAUGUGAAAAAUAUGUCAGAAUUUACGGAACUCAGACAGAUUCCAACCCCAAGCAUGCAGUCCUAUGGAGGCUACAAAACAAAUCACGAUUCCCGGGGCUUUUCUGACAUCGGUCAUGUGGGAGUGGAGGCUUUGCCAGAUUCCUCCCUCACCUGCCACAGGACACUCACUUCGUACUCUACCCAUCAGCAGAUGGACAGCUCUUCUGUGACCCAGUCCUGGCCGGAGCAUCCUGUCCUGAGCCUCCACACCUCCGUGAGCAAUUUCCCCUCGGCCCGGCAGCCACCACAGCAUUCUGUGGCUCUGGAUUACGGUGGCCACUCUCCUCCCCUGCACCACACCCACAUCCACCCGGCCCCCAACGCCCACAGCUCUCCCCGGAGCAGCCAGCGGAGCCGCGUGGCCUGCUAUGCCCUCAGUCGCAGUCCUGCCCAAAGCUUCGACGAACAGGACGACUUGGGUCGCGGCUACGCCACGGACUGUCUGAGCACGGGCACCGACAGGGAACUUCUGACCUCCACGGACGGGCAGAGACAGUCACAGGCUCCCCAGAACCAGCCGCCUCUGUUGCCCGAAAAGAAGCGGGUGUCCGAUGGGGAGCAUUCGCUGGGAACGGCCUCUCCAGCCCUUAGUGGGUUCUCCAGUCCCCACAGCGGGAGCUCUCUGAGCAUUCCUUUCCCCAAUGUUUUGCCUGACUUGUCAGCACAGACUCCACGCACGGCCUCGCCUCUGCCAGAUGUACUCGCCAGCAAGCAGGUGACUGUAAAGUUUGUACAGGACACAUCAAAAUUCUGGUACAAGCCAGAUAUCUCAAGGGAUCAAGCAAUUUCAGUCUUGAAGGACAAAGAGCCCGGCUGCUUUAUUGUGCGAGACAGCCACUCCUUCAAAGGAGCCUAUGGUCUGGCUAUGAAGGUGGCAACACCCCCUCCCUCAGUUCUCCAACAAAGCAAAAAAGGAGGAGAUUUGUCCAAUGAAUUGGUGCGCCACUUCCUGAUUGAGUGCACACAGAAAGGAGUUCGUCUGAAAGGCUGCCCCAACGAGCCGUAUUUUGGAAGCUUAACUGCAUUGGUCUGCCAACAUUCAAUCACUCCUUUGGCCCUGCCUUGUAAACUUAUCAUACCAGACAGAGAUCCUGUGGAAGAUGUUGUGGAGAAUACCUCCCAAUCAGUCACCAACUCUGCUGCUGAGCUGCUAAAACAGGGUGCAGCGUGUAAUGUGUGGUACCUGGGGUCCGUUGAGAUGGAGUCAUUAACCGGCAUUCAGGCGGUGCAGAAAGCCACCAGUAUGACGUUGAGCGCCAACCCUCCACCCACCUCUACUGUGAUCCAUUUCAAAGUUUCCUCACAGGGAAUCACCCUUACUGAUAACCAGAGAAAGCUUUUUUUCAGGAGACAUUACAAUGUCAACACAGUGAUAUAUUGCGCUCUUGACCCUCAAGAUAGAAAGUGGAAAAAAGAUGGCUACCCCUCAGCAAAAAUCUUUGGCUUCGUUGCGAGGAAAACUGGCACUUCCAUGGACAACAUAUGUCACCUGUUUGCUGAGCACGACCCUGAGCAGCCCGCAAGUGCCAUAGUCAACUUUGUGUCUAAGGUCAUGAUUGGCUCACAAAGGAGUAAGUAGGACAAAGCUAAUCACCUGGACAUGCACUGACUGAGAAGAGGAUGGCAAAAUCCUGAAUUUUAACCGGAUGUCAUAUGCUAAUAUUUACCAUCACCAGAUAUUCAGUACUAUCUAUUAGAAAGAACUUUAUUUUCUGUAUGAACUGUAAAUGAGCAGAGAAAGGAAAAUAAUCAUUAAAAUCUGUUUACAACUGUUGUGUCUUAUAAUUAUACAGAAUUGUGUUAUGCUGUGGCUGCUUUACUGGUUCCUACAGAGUAUUUUAUUGACACAUCAACACAUUUCAACUAUAGUUCCUUUUUUAUUUAGUAUUUAAUCAGAACCUAUUUGUAUGCAAACCAAUAGCACAGUGCAUUUGUAGCUUACAUUUAGGCAUCUCAAUGCUGCUGCAGUCUACCAUUUUAGUUUGGGAUAAAAACUAUGAAAAAAAAGCUAUGACAGACCUUGGAACAAAUAUAAAUAUGAUUUGGACUACAUUUUGAUACAUGUUAGCCAGUAUUUAGGUUUGUAGAACGUGGUCCUCUACACAUGUAACUAGAAAAAGGCGUCUUUGAACCUGACCAUAUUCGUGUUGGGAAGGAACUACCUGCAUCUGUCAAAUAGUUCAACAGCAGUGUUCCUGUAUAAAACAUAAAGCUGUAUAUUUCUUUUUUUCAUAGCAUAUUUUUAUUCUUAUUUCUAGUCACACUUUUUGAAUUACGCACAGGCCAUUGUACUAAGAUGAAAUAUGUAUUUGUGAAGAAAACAAAGGGUGACAAUUAUAUUUGUGCUGGAACAGCACAACUGUAUUUAGUAACUGACUUACUCAAUGUGUCAUCGGUCAAUGACUUAUACAAUAAAGUCGGGGGUGGGGGGGGAUCAGCAGUUUAUCAUUCAAGCUCAUUUUUGACAUUGUAUAUGAGAUGGUGACCAUGUACAACUUUUCAUCUUUUACUUUUGAGCAUUAUUUUACUUUACUUUUUGUUUGUGUUGAUUUACAACUAAAUUUACAGAUGGACCUGCAAUCACAACAAAGUUGUUGCUCUUGCAUUAUGUGAAUUCUGUUAUUUUUAUGAUUAUCUGUACCUCAUAUAUCUCACAAUACUGUGCCUCUGUGUAUAACAUGUUAGAUGUAAACAGCUCAUUUGUCUGUUGAUAUUGCAUUGUUUAAGUUGUGUUGUGUAAAUAAACUGUGAAACAUCAUUUCAUUUUGACAAGUGAUUUUCAUAGGAAAACAAGUUGCCAGGCAGCCAACAGAGCCUCUAAGAUGUUACCAAUUUAGACUAGAGACUUAUCAUGUUUAUGUUAAUACAGAAUACUGAUGUGUUGAUUCAUUAAAACAUUACCAUAAAUUAAUUU